AUGGAGUACCCCAAGGAUGCAGAAGGUUCUGAGCAGACCGAAACCGUGGGCAACGACGUGGGCAACAACCGCGCUGCCCUACAUGAGUUCAAAGAGGCAGAAGGCUACCUUGCCGACAUCGACGACGAGCACCGUGGAGACCUCAAAACAGCAAAAGACGGCCACACCGUUCUGAUCCCUCAGCCAUCAGAUGAUCCCAGAGACCCCCUCAACUGGAGCCCGGUCAAGAAACAUGUCAUCCUUUUCAUCAUAAGUUUUGCGGCCUUUCUUCCGGACUAUGGUAGUGCUACCGGUGCUGUUAUGUUGAUUCCACAGGCAGCUAUUUGGGGUCUAAGCCCAGAUACAGUGAAUCACUCACAAGCAGGCAACGUCUUCAUGCUUGGUGCUGGAGGUAUCUUUGUCGUAGUCCUCUCGGCUUGGGCAGGUCGUCUUCCGGUCUUGUUCUACUUCCUCAUCGUCGCAACUGCCACAGCCGCCUGGUGCGCCGCCGCCACAACCUUCGAGUCAUUUAUGGCUGCCCGUAUCCUGAACGGGUUCUUCGGCACGGUUUCUCAGUGCGGCGGCUUAAUGUUCAUUUGUGAUAUGUUCUACUUUCAUGAACGCGCCCGUAAGAUCAAUAUUUGGUCUGCUUUUAUUAUCUUGUCUCCGUAUAUGGGGCCGCUACUUGCGGCUUUCAUCAUUAAUACGCAGCCAUGGCCUAUUGCGUUCUGGGUGUAUUUUGUCGAGUCUGCCCUCGUACUCAUCCUUACCAUCCUCUUUAUGGAGGAAACGUACUAUGACCGCCGCAUUGCAGCAGAGGACCAACCACCCAGAGGCUCACGCAUCGCCCAACUGACAGGAGUUGCUCAAUUCGCAUCCCGUCACCUCCGCAACAGCUUCGGUCAAGCCUGUAUGCGGUCAAUCCGAGUCAUUCUCAAGCCAACCGUCUUCCUCUCUUGCGUAUACUACCUCCUUACUUUCGCAUGGGUAGUUGGUAUCAAUACUACCUUGUCUAUCUUCCUUACACCUUUAUAUGGCUUCGAAGCUAAACAGAUCGGCUUCUUUUACUUUACACCGAUCGUCGCUGCUCUGAUCGGUGAAAUAAUUGGGCACUGGCUACAUGACGCUAUUGCCAAGAGAUAUAUCAAGACUCACAAAGGACAUUUUGACCCAGAGAUCAGACUACACGCCAUAUGGUUCAGCACUCCAUUCAUGAUAGUCGGUCUGGUUGGACUUGGCUUUGCCCUGGAGAAUGAAUAUCAUUACAUGGCCACUUCUGUGUUAUGGGGGCUGUAUGUCUUUGGUAUCAUGGUGACGACUGUGGCUUUGAAUGCGUAUAACCUCGACUGUUACCCUGAAGCAUCUGGCGAGGUAUCUGCCUGGCUCAACCUUUCUAGAACUAUUGGAGGAUUCAUCAUCAGUUACUUCCAAGUUACUUGGGCCGAGGCUUUGGGCACAAAAGUCAGCUUUGGCAUCCAAGCGGGUAUUUUAGCUUCUGCAUUCCUGGUUAUUAUCGCUUUGCAGAUGUUUGGAAGGGGACUGAGGAUCAAGAGCGGGGCUUUGAAUUUCCCAACUGUCUAA